CUCAACAGUGCUGCUCACACCUUAUGUUUGUCGUGCACAAAACCGGUUGAUUGUGUUUGAGUUUCUGUUCCCAGUAAACCAUAGCCUAAUCAAGGUUCAUUUUCGUUUCUUGCUUUGUUGCUGUCUUUAAAUGCGGAAAUAUAUAGGCAGUUAUCUUCAGAGCUCAUUCAGACUGUGGAAACUGAACAGUGCACCUACUUCAAUAUUUUGAAUAGACUUUAAAUUAUGUUUUCAUGGGGAGAAGACACUAAUUAUGGCUUCGGUUUAAGGAAGUUGGAUGGUUCAAAUCCAAUCAAUCAGAAUCAUUUUAUUAAUUUCACAAAUUUAAGAUCAGAUGUUAGGGACCUCUCCGCAGGUCAAAGCGUGGUCGCGUUCGUCAGGACUGAUGGAAAAGCGUCGAUUGUUCGGAUUCGAGAGGACCAAGAUGGAAGAAGGUCCACAGGAAAAUUGAGGAGUGUGAACUGUGAGGAGAAGAUUCAUGCAGUGAGUUGUGGUGACGAUUUUGCUGUUUUACUGUCUGAGGAAGGCAAGGUUCUAAUCAUGGACUCAUCUAACAUUGUCAGGCCUCUAAAGGAACUGUGCAACACUCAAGUGAAUCAAGUUGCAUGUGGGGACCAGCAUUCAAUUGUCCUCACACAAGAUGGGCAGGUAUUUACAUGGGGAAUGAACACUUUUGGCCAGCUGGGUUUGGACCUGGGUACAGAUGGACACCGCCCCCCCCAGGUCCUGCACUCUUUGUCAGGACUUCCCCUGAUCCAGGUCACCAGUGGGGGGGACCACUGCAUCGCCCUCUCAGUUUCUGGAGCUGUGUUCACCUGGGGCAGGAACAGCUGUGGCCAGCUGGGGCUAGGGGACACCACUGACAGACAUGUCCCAACUCCUGUCACAUUGCUUGACAGAAAGAAGACAGUUUCCAUCUCUUGUGGAAAAGAUCAUACUGUCAUUUUGACAAAGGGAGGUGUGGUGUUCACAUUUGGUGGCGGUCGGUAUGGGCAGCUGGGUCACAACACUCAGACAGAUGAACACCGACCUCGGGUUGUGGCAGAACUCUGGGGGUCAAAGGUCACUCAGGUAGCUUGUGGAAGACAUCACACGCUGGCAUUUGUGGGCUCCGCCAAGGUAUAUUCUUUUGGACAUGGAGAGCACGGGCAGCUUGGAAAUGGAAUCCUGACUGACCAGUCUGUGCCUUUGCCAGUACAGAUAUCACAGGAGAGUGAUGACCAGAAAAUCAAACGUAUAUUUGCAGGAGGAAACCAUUCAUUUGCAAUGACCACUUCUGCACAGGGUGUAAUUAAGGUGAGACAGAAAACAUUGGUUGACGGAAGGGUCGACGAAUGGAUCUCUAAAUGUGACACAAAAUCUUGGAAAAGAAUACAGAAGGAAAUCAAGGCAAUGUUCUCCUCUUCAUCCUGUCUAAAUCAAAGUUUCCUAGACAGAAGCAGCAACAAGCACUACCAAACCUCUUCAAAAUAUAGUGGCCUGGACUUGUCACUUGCAAGAAAGGUUUUGAAGAAGCUGGCGAAAAAGGAGAAAGUGUUGGCUGAGAUUAAAACUGUGGUCCUGCACUCACUGCUCCCUACCCUGAAUGAGAACCCCUUUAGUGUGGAGAGCCUGAGAGUGUACCUUGUCCUCUCAGAGCUCCUAAGGGCCACAGUUAAGCCAAACCAGGUCACAGACAUAGAGCUCACUGUGGCCGUCGCGGCCGCCAUCUUAAGACUGCACCCCAACAAGCUCCAGAUCCUGGGAGACUUGUGGUCUUCACUGAAGCCAUCUACUCUGGUCAAGCAGAUACAGAUGUGGAAGGACACCCUGUCAUUCAUUCUGAGGACCCUCAGUAUUACUUCCCACAGAACAGGAGUCAAAGACCUUCUCGAUGUGCUCCAGCAUCUCUUCACAGCAACCCAGAAGGCUGGAGGGACACUUAACAUUCCAGUCAGUGCCUUUUGUAUGGACGACGUUGUAUUCAGUUUCCAAUACCUGCAGGAAGAUGUGAAACGUUGGCGUUUGUGGUCAAAAAAGAAGAAAUUGGAUGGGAUGUCAUUACCCAUCGUUUGCCGUUACCCAUUUGUGAUGAAUCCGCAAAGCAAGCAAUUGGUUCUGAAUGUUGCUGCCUAUCUCUCACAGGGACAACUUGAAACCAACCAUGAGAAUGGGAUGUGGCCUUUUGGAAUACCCCAGCCUUCCUCCUCUCUCUAUUUUGAGUUGAGGCUGAGAAGAGCAUCACUCAUUGAAGACACCUUCAGAGAACUGAAUGUUGCAGAUCCCAGUAUUUUCAAGAAGCACCUUGUAGUGUAUUUUGAUGGCGACUCACAGUUGUCAGAUGUGUACAGAAGGGACUUCUUCCUCCACGUGUUAGAUAGCCUGCUGGACCCUGAUUCUAAGAUGUUCAUGUACAAUCACACCAAAACGCUGGCCUGGUUUCCUGCGAUGCCCAUACUAGAAGAGAAAAGGUACUUCUUUUUUGGGGUUCUCUGUGGGCUGGCCUUACACGGCAACAUGGUUGUACACCUGCCCUUCCCAUUGGCCCUUUUUAAAAAGCUAUUGAACAGAAAGCCCUCCUUGGAGGAUCUGAUAGACUUCAGCUCUGAUGGACAGAUUUUGAAGGACAUCCUAGACUACCCUGAUGAUGUUGUUGAAAACUUGGACAUGACAUUCACAGUGAUAUGGGACAACACAAGGGUUGAACUUGAUUCCAAAGAACCAGAGAAAUUGGUCACAGGUGAAAACAAGAUGGAGUUUUCAGAGGCCUAUGUGAACCUCGUCUUCAACAAAUCAGUGGAGGGUGUGUUUGCAGAGUUCCGGCGUGGCUUCUUUACUGUGUGUGAAGAGGAUGCAGCCUUGCUCUUCAGGCCUGAGGAACUGAGAGCGGUCAUGGUUGGCUCUGAGAACUACGAUUGGGAGAAACUCAAACAGAACACCGUUUACGAAGGAAUGUACAAUGCAGUCCAUCCAACCAUUUUUAUAUUUUGGGAGGUGUUUGAAGAACUAUCCGAAGAGAAAAAGAGAGCUUUCCUAUUGUUCCUUACAGGUUGUCUUCGGGUGCCCAUCUUGGGUAUGGGCCAGAUCCGAAUGCGGGUCCAAAACCUAGCAAACUCUUCCGAACACCAUUUCCCAGAAGCUCUGACCUGCCACUCUCUACUACUGCUCCCCAUGUACCGCUCCAAGGAGAUACUGCAGGCCAGACUCAUAGAGGCGCUCUGUCACAACAGAGGCUUCUGGAGGGACUAGUCCUGCACCACAACACCCAAGUACAUUCUGGCAUUAUGUCUUUGUUUCUCAGCUUUAAACAUGUGACUUGCUGUAGUUGUGCUCCUAUACACCUGUGAUAUAAUCAUAUCUGGUUCAUUGUAUGUGCCUGUAAGGAAUUUCAAGGCAUGGCUAAAACAUUUCUGUAUCCAUUCAGACCCAUCUAGAGACAUAAUGAAUGUAAUGCAAUAAAAAUGAGCCCUUAUCUUACCCGUGUC